AUGCUGUAUAGUUUGGCGGGAGGAGGCACACUCUGCGGCGUGGCUGCCCUCGUACUUCUCAUCGUUUCUACAGCGACAGACUUCUGGAUGCAGUAUCGAUACUCGGGUAGCUCUGCCAAUCAGGGACUCUGGAGGUUCUGCAUCAACCACAAAUGCCAUGCCCACACCAUAACUGUAGCCUUCUGGGAUGCUACACGGGCCUUUAUGUUGCUGGCGGUGCUGAGCUGCUUUGCCGGCGUGGUGCUCGGCCUGAGCGCCUUCACUAAUGGCACCAAGAACAGGAGGGUCCGUACAGGCGGCAUCGCCCUGGUCCUGUCAGGUUUUCUUGCCCUGCUAGCUUUGGCAAUUUACACCGGAGUGACUGUCACUUUCUUUGGCAAACGUUUCUUGGACUGGCGCUUCUCCUGGUCCUACAUCAUCGGCUGGGUGGCCAUCAUUCUGGCUUUUGCAGCAGGUGUUUUUCAGCUCUGUGCUUACCAGCGGACUACUGGCGAACCUGCUCCUUCAAAUAACCCAGACAGCUGA